GAUACUGCAAUUUUCUUCCCUGCAAUGUGCCCAGCUGGCAAUUGUCAAAUAAGUUUAAGAAAUAAAUUUAAAUAAUAAAUAGUGUUUAAUAAUGGAGGGUGACAAACGUACGACAAACACCGAUUCUCAAUUUAUUUCGUUCCAUGAUUUUUCAACGAUGAAUCAACAAAGCAACGUUGGUCAAGCACAACUUGACAUUGGUGCUUCCACACAUCAAAAUUUUAAUAAUUUACCUAAUGAUUCUACAGGAAUUGGUAUUCUUGAAGAUUUAGAAGGCAUACCCAACAGAAAUGAAGUGGAUCAAACCCAAUACAGUUUCUGGACUUUAGAAUACUAUCAAAAGUUUUUUAAUGUCAAUACAAAAGAUGUAGUAGAACGUAUCAAAAGAUCAAUGUUUCCACAUAGUACAGAAAAUUAUUUGGUUACGCACAUUAGACCUAAUCCUGAUUUAUAUGGUCCAUUUUGGAUAUGUGUCACUUUGAUAUUUUCUGUUGCAAUAAGUGGUAAUAUGGCUAACUAUUUACAAACAGCUAGUUCUAGUUAUUAUCAUUGGAGAUAUGACUUCCAUGUAAUAUCCUAUGCUGCUACCUCAAUAUUCUUGUAUGCUUGGUUAUUACCACUUGCAUUAUGGGGAGCAUUGAAGUGGACAACUAGUAUGAGAAAUACGGAAGAAGAAUUGAUAGAAUCAUACGCAUCUCCAGGACUUUUGGAGCUCAUAUGUCUUUAUGGAUAUUCUUUGGCUAUUUACAUUCCAGUUGCAUUUUUGUGGACGAUACAAAUCGGUUGGUUACAAUGGAUGUUAGUAAUAGUUGCCACUUUUAUGUCGGGUGGUGUUUUACUUCGUUCACUGUAUCCAGUUAUAUCAGGAAAGCAUAGAAUAAUAUACAUCAGCGUUAUCCUUGGUAUGCAUCUUCUUCUGGCGACAGGUUUUAUGUUAUGUUUCUUUCACGUUCCGUCCAAAACCUCGCCGCAACACGCCAUGGAAAUCUUAUCUUCCGCGUUACCACCUACGGGAAAUGUGCAGACAUUGAUGGAAAAGACAGGAUCUAAUGCGACGGAAAAUACAGUGAAUGCGGGAAAUAAACUUUUAAAUAUUCCAAAGUCUACCAUUGGAGCGCGAGUCACCUAAAAAUAUCUAAUAUUUAAUAGAUUUAUGCUAAAGAGGCGGGUAUCGUAUAAA